CUUUUACAAUUACAAUAGUAGCUACUUGGCUAUGGCCUCACAAGUGCUGCCACUUGAAUUGAUUGAUACCUGCAUCGGUUCUCGCAUAUGGGUCAUCAUGAAGAAUGAUCGCGAAUUUACUGGCACUUUGCUGGGAUUCGAUGACUUCGUUAAUAUGGUAUUAGAUGAUGUCACAGAAUAUCAAUAUUUACCUGAAGGUCGCAAAGUGACCAUGUUAAGGCAGACAUUACUGAACGGAAACAACAUCUGCAUGUUGAUCCCAGGGAGCUCAGGACCUGAGAGCUCUUAAUCAUCCGUACAUGAUUCGCAUUUCUUUACGUUCAACGCUGUUGUAUCCCCUUGUCAUUUUUUAUCCUAAUCCUAAUUUUCACUUGCAAAGGCCACGGACCAAACGGUUGGAAGUUAUGUACUUAUCAACCCCGAAUCGAUUAAACUAUAAAACAUGGGCCUCAGGAUUGCUUGAUAGAAUUCUGUACAAACAAAAGCAUUCGUCUUUGAAGCAGUUUUUGAAAAUCAUACAUAUACUUCCUUGGUGC